GCCUAAAAAAGUCUUUCCAAUAACGGUCAAGCAGGAUGCAGUGUUUUAUAUUUGCCAUGUAGUGGCACUGUUGAUCAGCUGAAUCAAAGUUAAAAAAAAGAAGAAAAAAAGUGCAGGUCAGAAGAGUUUUGUGGAGCUUGAGGGUGGGUGGAAAUAAGACUCUCUUCACUUGCAUGCUAAAAAUGGCUCGUUUUUCUGUUUAUGUUUUGUUUCUAUUGAUCCUGAUUAUUGUCUCAUCAGAAUGCAGCGAUAUCCAAACUGUGGCUGCAUAUGAUGCCGUUACUCUCUGUAGAUUUAAUUCAAGUGAAAUCGAUACAGGAGGCUUAGUCAAGGUGACAAAGUACACCUCAGACAAAGAAGCCAAGGUCAUCUCUGAGUGGCCCACACAGGAUCAAACAGCUAAACAACUGCCAUGGGAGCCUGAUGGAAAUGGACUGAUUUGUCUUCAUCUGAAAAACGUACAAAAAUCUGAUGAAGGGACGUACAGCUGUGAAAUGUGGCGAGGAUGGGAACGUGUCCGGGUGAGAAACAUGACUCUGAAAGUAAAAGAUUGCAAAACCCGUCCUGCAGUGAAGGCAAAACCAGACUCAUCCGUCAGGCUGCAGUGCUCUGUGGACAUCACACCAGAGAAGCAAAGACCACAAAAUGUCUCCUGGGCAAAGCUGAAAGGACUUCACUCUGAACCUGUUGACUCUCAGAGGGUUGGACCAGACAACACAUUGAUAAUCCAGACUGUGAGUUACAGUGACAGUGGCUGGUAUCGGUGUAAUUAUGUUCUUGGAACAACUAAGCGCUGCGUUGAGGUCCGUCUAAAUGCCCAAGAAGCAGACGACGCCUCUGAAACCACAACAGCCACAACCACCCCAACCCCCCAAACACAAACGCAGCAAGGAUCACACCGGGGAGCUGAACGCAGUGCGACAUUGAUUGCAGUGGUAGUUUCUAUCUCUUUUGGGUUAGUGACGGCACCCUUACUUGGACUGUUCUUUUACUGCAGACAACAAAGGGGGAAAGUUACAGCACAGCAUCAGACUGCAGGUGCACCGACAGAGACUAUGGAUAAUUAUGAGCAGUUGAUUUGGUCACAUUCACAGGAAAUGGAGGAGGUGUAUGAGACUUUACAUGUUUCAGAUCAAUCGUCCUGCACACUAAAACAUGAAUAAAUCUCAUUACUCUGGACAUGAACAGCUGCAUACUUCUUUUCUAGAUAUUUGAUGCUAACCUUGGAAAAGGAAGAUUUUUCUCUUAAAUUUCAACAACUCCAUGUUUAAUCUGGAUCAUCAUUGCACUGAGUCCAUUUUUGUCACUGAUAACAUGUCACGCUUGAUUCUUGUAUUAUUUUAUUAUAUCAUCUGUAUUCUGAGAACGAUGUGUUUAUUAUGUAUUUUUGAAUGAAAUAAUGUAAAUGUCAAUCAACAAAUAAAUCUUCUUGUUACAAGAGGGUGUGCUGUUUCAAACAGAGUGUAGGAGCUUAAAUACAGUUUGAGUUUAUCCAUGUGAAACUGUGAUUUCCUGU